UCACGUUUUUCGGUUUCUUCUAUCUGCUAUACUAAUGUUUAAAAACCGUUUCUUACACCUCUCUCCCAACACCUAUUAAGACUCUCUCAGAGAGAGACUCUCUCCCAACAAAGAUUGACGCAGCAGGAGUGAGUUACAGACGAAUCAACAGGAACAAUAGGAGGAGGAGAAGCAGUGGUUCGCCAUCAGAAGCUUUGUCUCUCAAUUGAUAUAGACAAGCGUCGAAUUUACGGGUCUCUCUAUCUCUCUCCCCCUCUCUCUCUCUCUCCCUCCCUCUCUGGCUCUCUCCCUUUUGAACCAUCAGAAGCUUUGUCUCUCAAUUGAUAUAGGAAACGGUCGAAUUUACGGGUCUCUAUGUCUCUCUCUCUCCCCCUCUGGCUCUCUCCCCUUUAAACUCUAUUCAUCUAUUUGCUCGAAUUCGUUAGUACAAUCUCUCUCUCUCCCUCUCUCUCUCCCCCCCUUCCUUCCUCCCUCUCUCCCCUUUAAUACUCUAUUAAGCUAUUUGCUCGAAUUCGUUAGUACAAUUUGUUAAUUUGCUUUUUUUGGUGAUUGAUACGCCCCUGUUUUCAUGUCCUGAAUUUCUUUUUUUCACCUCAUACUACUUUACUAUCAUCACUAUGAUUUUAAUAGUUGAAAAAACUUUCUACGCUUUUACUAUGUUUAAUGUUGGCUUUAUUAGAAAUAUAUACAAGAUAGAGAUGAUCUUGCUAAUUUUGUGUGUUUCAUGUUGUUUAGUUACACAGAGCUUCAGGUGGUUGUUCCUGAAAAUAGAGCUUUCUAUUUACCUGUGUAGAAAUCUUAGUCGCAAUCAACUAGAGGGCCAGCUAAAUGACAUGUUUGGAUCGCUUUCAGCUCUCUCUACUUUGUGAUCUUCCUGAAAGUUUUGCCGCUCUUUCAAGCAUGGCCAAUAUAUAUUUGUUGUGCAGGAAUUUGCAAAACAACCAGUUUACAGGCUCUAUUGAUGUCCUUUCUAAUCUUCCCCAACAUAAUCUGAAUAUUGGAAAUAACCAUUUCAGCGGUUGGAUUCCUGAAAGAUUAAAAAACAUAAAUAUUUAUAUAUACAUGAUUAUUCUAACAGGACAGAGGGCAACUCAUGGAGUUCCGGUCCUGCACCACCUCCUCUACCUGGAACUCCUCCAUCCAGCAGUAGCAACCGAAAUAGAAAACAAAAUGACAAUAAAAACUCAUCAGAUGGUGGUGGAAGCAAGAAAUCAGGUAUAGGCGGUGGUGGUGUGGCAGGAAUUGUGAUAUCCAUUUUAGUUGUUGGAGCCGUGGUUGCAUUCUUUGUAGUGAAGAAAAGGUCCGAAAAAUCAUCUGCAGAUGUAGAGAACGCUGGUAGUCAGCCUUUCACUUCUUACGCUUCACAAGAAGUCCAAGAUAUGCUUUGAUCUUGAAGAUUUCUAUUAACUGCUUGACUGUCCUGGAUUUCAAGUCUGCCACUGUGCUUGACUGUCCUGGCUUGGCUUAUAUUCAAAAUUCUAUUUAACAGCCUGGGGACUAUUCUGAUGCUUUUUUAUUUUUAGUUUAUAGGUUGGCCUUCCUUGUCUUCUGCAGGUUCUGGAUAGAAUCUCUAAUUCCAGCAAAUGCUACCAGGAAUUCUGCCGCAUCACCAAGCCUUCAGACCUGGAAAUUUUGAUCUGGAUAAGAGAGGAUUUGUGUUAAGUUCACUUUGUUAGUCCGGAUGGUAAACAUAUUGCUGUUGCUCUUCUGGAUUGUACUGUAAAGGCUGUAGAAGAUUACGAGAAAUCCUUGAGUAGGAAUAACAGCCGCAAAUGGAUUGUACAGGUUGGUGCAAUGGCCCAUGGGAAAAUUGAAAAGGAGUUUGUAGACGAUUUUAUAUCAAUUUCUAGCUACCCAUUGAGUGCGGCAUAUUGUAUAUCAAAGAUCACAAAUGCUUUGGAACGGAAAUGGAAAAUUCUGUAACUCAUUGAUUCAAGAGUCUUGCAGUUUGGCCAAGAUAUAAGCAAUGGCAUACACUUUCUGUAUAUCCAUUAAAUUUUAGUUUGUUGUGUUUUUUGGCAUCUGGAUAUUUGGCUGUUGUUUGCAAUGAGUAAUAUACCCUUUCCGUCCCAUAA